UUACGCAGACGGAAGGGGCAGCGCUGUGCUACGUGGGGAAGGUAUCCGGCCAAACUGUUCACAACUCAGGCUUGGGACACCUUGUGAACUACCUAUGUAUUUUCGUCAGGUUCUGCGUGCACAGUUCGCCGGGAACAGAGCUGCCCACCUAGGCCGCUUACACCGCGUUUGUCGAGCCGAGGUAGCUGCGCUGAAAAUAAACUACCCUGCUGUCAUUCUCGUAAACAUUUUCUUUACGAUGGUUGCUGCGGAGCACAUUGCCAGCAGCAGCUCGGUUGGUGGUGGUGGCUGUGGGGAGCCUGCGAUGCCCCAGCGUCACCACCAACAGAGACCACUCUGCACCAAAAGGGAUGAGGUGAAGCUGGCAGAGGAAGCCAGCAAGAAGUACGGCUCCCCAACUCCAACCAUCUUCUCCAAAGUAAUUGAUAAAAGCAUCCCUGCGGAUAUCAUUUAUGAGGAUGAGAAGUGUUUGGCAUUCAGGGACGUCAACCCACAGGCCCCCGUUCACUUCCUGGUUAUUCCAAGGGUCCCUAUUCCUAGAAUAAGCGCUGCAAAGGAUGAUGAUGCUGCGCUCCUCGGACAUUUGUUGGUUGUUGCCAAGAAUGUGGCAAAGCAAGAAUCUCUUAAUGAAGGCUACAGAGUGGUAAUCAACGAUGGAAAAGACGGUUCUCAGUCAGUCUACCACCUUCACAUCCACGUCCUGGGAGGAAGACAGAUGAUGUGGCCGCCAGGAUAAUGUGUGCUAAUGUGUGUGUCCGGAUCUCCAGCGUACUUCCAUGACUUUUCAUGUGUUCAUCAAAAAAGAAAAUGUAAAUAUGUUGACCUAAAUAAAAGCAAAAAUUAAACAUAGAAGUGAAGACAUUAUGAUUAAAAUGACUGCACCAUUUCUAAUAAUAACAUCUUGGAUUAAAUAUUUAGUUGGUAAACUAAUCCAGAGGACAUAGGCAGCAAUUGUCAAAGAAUUGUUUUUAUUUGUAAAAUAGAUUUGACCUGUUCUUACAUGUUCACAUUAAAUGAUUAUUUGGGAAGACAGGAUAAAUACAAA